CUCCCACCGUCCCCUCCCAUCUCUCUCUCUCAAAGGGGAAAAAGAAAUCUAAAAGAUCGAUUUCACCAUCCUCAUAAGUUUCUUAUAAUGGAUGAAGAUGGAUUGAGCAACCGAAAUUGGGGAUAUUACGACCAGUCUCAGUUCAGACCAACUUUAGGGUUUCAACUAAUACCAAACAUAGUAGACCGAACCGAGAAGCCAUUUCUCUUCCCUCAGAAUCCAAACUUUGUAACCACCACAAACAAUGGCUAUUGUAACGGUAGCAGCAGCAGCAGCAAUGAUGUCAUGUCUUUUCCGCGCGAUUACACUGCCUCUGAUGCACCGUUCAUGAGCUAUAGCUGGUUAAACCAGCACAGAGAUGGCAAGUUCUUUAACACCUUACCUAACCCUUCAACCCAUCAGACGUUUCUUGACCCCAGGGCUCAGCAGCCAAUGCAGCUUCUGCAGAUUCCUAAACCCGAGGUCGUCGUCGAAGAGUGUCUCAAGAGAAGGCAAUGUAGUAAUGUGGAGAGAGCUGAUACCAAGGCGAAGAAAGAGAGGAAGGUGAAGGAUAAUAAUGUUCCGAGAAUGCAGAGGGAGAGAAGUCCUUUGAGGAAAAGCAUAGAGAUGGUGAUAAAUGGUGUUACAAUAGAUAUUGGUUGUCUACCGGUUCCGGUUUGCUCGUGUACCGGUUCGUGUCAGCAGUGUUACAGAUGGGGUUGUGGGGGAUGGCAGUCUGCUUGUUGUACCACCAAUGUGUCCAUGUACCCUUUGCCGAUGAACACUAAAAAGCGCGGCGCUCGUAUCGCCGGAAGGAAGAUGAGCCAAGGAGCUUUCAAGAAAGUUCUUGAGAAACUCUCUGGUGAUGGUUUUGAUUUCUCAAACCCUAUUGAUUUGAAGUCUUAUUGGGCAAAACAUGGAACCAACAAGUUUGUUACCAUCAGAUAGAGACCAAACCUUUCUCCCUUUUUCUUUGUUUUGUUUUGGAUUCUGAAUCAAUUUUUUGUUUGUGUCCUAAAACCUAUGUUGUAUAACUCAGAAUCAAAACUCGG